AAAGUGGGUGAUCAAACUCCGAUAGUCAACGGUUAUUGAAGUCCCUAUCCCAAUCCAUGACCAGAUUUCUCUUUCACACACAACUAACAAUGAGUUUUAUGCUUCUUCUUCCUCUAUUCUUCAUCAUACUCACCAUCCUCUACAAAUACAUAUGGAUCCCACUUCGGAUCCAACUCCACUUCCGUCAACAAGGCGUCCGCGGUCCCGGCUAUCGUCCGAUAUUCGGAAACUCAGCCGGGACCCGGCGGAAGAUGAUCACUGAGGCGGAAUCAUCUCGCCCGGUUUCUUUCAACCAUGAGGGAGUGGUUCAAAGAGUGAUGCCACACUAUUACAACUGGUCAAAAGUUUAUGGAGAUACUUUUUUGUAUUGGUUCGGGUCAAAGGCUAGGCUGGCGGUAUCCGACCCGGAUAUGAUCAAAGAGGUAUUGGUCAGCAAAAGCCGGUCGUUUGGGAAGAUCCGGUUUAACCCGGUUUCAAAGGCUUUGUUUGGAGAAGGGCUUGUUGGGUUGGAGGGGGAGAAAUGGGUUGUUCAUAGAAGGAUCACUGGUCAGGCCUUUAAUAUGGAAAGAGUUAAGGAAUGGGUUCCUGAAAUCGUAGAUAGCAUUCAAAACAUGAUGAGCAAAUGGGAUGCGAAUAUUGAAGCAGGAAACAAGUCCGAAUUCGAAUUUGACGUUCACAAGGAACUUCAUCAACUCUCAGCGGACAUUAUAUCGCGAACCGCUUUUGGAAGCAAUUUUUCAGAGGGCAAACGAAUAUUCGAAUUGCAGGAGCAGCAAGCUGUGCUCGUUUUGCAGGCCUUGCGAAAUGUCUACAUACCAGGAUCCAGGUUUAUACCAACAAAAAGGAACAAGACAAUGUGGAAGCUCGAGAAAGAAACAAGAGAAUUAGUAACGAAAUUGAUCGAGAAAAACAAAAACACAAAACAAAAUUCGAAUACUCUACUUGCCACUUUGAUAUCACCUUCUAAGAAAGACGACAUACUUGAUCUAAAGGAAAUUGUGGAUGAAUGCAAGACGUUUUACUUCGCGGGAAAAGAAACAACGGCUAAUCUUUUGACAUGGGCGUUUCUCCUUCUCGGGUUGCAUCAAGAAUGGCAAAACAAAGCUCGAGAAGAAGUUGACCGUGUUUGUGGUCAAAAUGUGUUUCCUCGUGCCGACACUUUGGCAGACUUAAAGAUCGUUACCAUGAUCUUGGAUGAAACACUUAGACUCUACCCUCCGGCUGUAAUGAUGAUGAGACAAGCCUCGGAAAACGUGAAACUUGCGGGUCGACUCGAUGUUCCAGUCGGUACACAACUUUUCUUGGCCAUGACAGCGGUCCAUCAUGAUGUAAGAAUAUGGGGAGAGGAUGCAAAUGUGUUCAACCCCUUGAGAUUUUUGGAGCCUAGGAACCAUUUAGGCGCGUUCUUCCCGUUCGGCUUGGGCCCGCGAGUUUGUGUUGGACAAAAUCUAGCAAUGGUAGAGGCUAAAAUCGUCUUGGCGAUGAUCGUUAAAUGUUACUCGUUUGUAGUUUCGCCUUCUUACGUUCAUGCUCCGAUGCAGUCACUAACUUUGCAACCACAAUACGGUGCUCAAAUGAUAUUUAGUAGGAGAUGAAUACUUGUUCGACGAAUACAUGUGCUUUACUUUUUGUAAAAAUAGUUUUAGUUUAAAAAAAGAGUUAAAUGUCAUUUUAGUCCCUAUGGUUUGGACCAUUUUACCAGUUUAGUCCAAGGGUUUCAUUUACUGUGGGUGUAAAAAGGUUUCACCAUUGUCAUUAUAGUCCACUGGGUUAACUUCAUCUAUUUUUUCGUUAACGAGAAAGGCAAUUCUGUCAUUUUAUAUGUAAUUCUCUUAACUAGAAGGGCAAUUCGGCCAUAUAAAAUGACCGAAUUGUCAUUCUCGUUAACAGAAAAAAUAGAUGAAGUUAAUCCAGUGUACUAAAAUGACAACGAUAAAACAUUUUUGGACUCACAUGCGAAAAUGAAACCUUUGGACUAAACUGGCUAAAUGAGCCAAACCACGGGGACUAAAAUGUCAUUUAACUCUAUAAAAAUGACAAUACAUGACGAUGGUACUUUAAAGUACUUAACACACCAUUUGUCGUCACUGUUUGUGUGAAAGCCUUUCAAAGAUAGACAGCAGUAAAGGUGUUGUCACUGUUGUGUGAAUUUGUGGUUAUAAUUGUCUUUUCCUA